CGCGCUGGAAGGGGAAAGAGGGCUUAGUCACGGGCACACCGCCUUCCCCCACAAGGGCGCUAAGGCAACGCCGCGCCCCUCAAAAGGCUCUUCUGUUCUUCUUCCUGUUUCCUUCCCGACACCACCUCAUCCACUUUUGAACCUCCAACUCCAAGUCUCCCAAGACUCUACGAUCACUUCGAUUUCCACAGAGAUCUAAUUCUCUCCCCUCGCUCACUUCCUAUACACCGCUUUUAAGGGCCGUUUACGACGAAAGGCCGAGUUUAUGUCCAUCGAAAACCUUAAGACCUUCGACCCCUUCGCCGAAGCUGACGAAGACACCGGCGAGACUAAACAGUCUCAAAAUUACAUCCAUAUACGGAUUCAACAGCGCAAUGGUCGUAAGACCUUGACUACCGUCCAGGGUCUUCCUAAGAAGUUCGAUCAGAAGAAGAUCUUGAAGGUCAUCAAGAAGAAGUUCGCCUGCAAUGGCACCAUCGUCAACGACACCGAGAUGGGAGAGGUGAUUCAGCUGCAGGGAGAUCAGCGUAAAGAUGUUCAGGAGUUCUUGACCGACAAGAAGGAGGGUCUCGAGCUGGACGCCAAGACCAUCAAGGUCCACGGUUUCUAAGCCAGACGCCACGCCCCCGUUCCGGUCCCUUCUUCCCAGUCUACGUUUCCCUCAGAGCGGUGCGGCAGGGGACAGUAUGUGUCCACCUGCCCUCCUUCUGAUGUGGCAUUGCGGUCCCCGCCACUGCCACGAGGGUUGUUCGGUCUAAUAUAUUGUCUGCUGCUAUUACCGCUCUUUGCCCGGAAUACUGGACUUGGGCCUUUUGUCGAAUUGAUGCACUAUCAAGUUGGUCAUCUUUC